AUGUCGCUGGGGGUCUUUCUGGGAUUGUCACCUACCGAGAGCGAUUAUCCCGAUCCAGAAGAGCUUUUGGCGUUCUAUCGCGAGGCGAGCGAGGCAGACGACGCCCCGCUGCUCCUGACCCACGGCGACUUGAGCAGUCUGAACAUCAUGGUGCAAAGCGACACAGUCGUGGUCAUUGUGGACUGGGAUACAGCAGGGUGGUUCCCCAAGCACUGGGAGUACAUCUGUGCCAAAUACUUCGACGGCAGUUUCCAAGUCUUUUAG